CAGAGGCUUCCGGAAGCGGAAGCGAGGAGCGCCGGCCGGUUGCUGUGGUAACGCGGCGCGGCCGUGGCCAUGGGGGAGCCGCUGGGCCAGCCGAGCCUCGAGAACUCGUACAGCCUGCGGCCGGCCUUCCAGCACAAAUUCCGAUCUUCUGCAGUAAAAGAGUGCAUCCAUGCGAUACUGAAAGAGAAUCUAGCCAAUGUGCAAUACAACCCAGAGGAAACGCCGGGGCUCACACAGUCCUUAUCAGAGACAAUUAAAGAUAGACUGAAAGCAGAGGGAUUUCACCGAUAUAAAAUGGUGGUGCAGGUUGUGAUUGGAGAACAGAGAGGUGAAGGAGUGAACAUGGCUGCGCGGUGUUUCUGGGAUGCUGACACUGACAACUAUGCCCAGGAUGUUUUUAUUAAUGACAGUCUGUUCUGCGUGGUAGCUGCAUUUGGCUGUUUCUAUUACUGAUGCCAGUGAAGACUGCAGAAAAGUACUACAGUAAUUUUAGAGAGGAGUUAUUUUGUUUGGUUUUCUUCAAUAAUUUAUACUAAGGAGGAGUGUACUCAUGUUUUCUCAAAGUAGCAGACUUACAAUUGUACAAAGCCUGCUCACUGUAUCUCUAUAAUACACUGAUGUGUCCACAACUUCCUCUUCUUUCCUGCUUGUAUAAAUAUAGCUUUGUAGCAUAUUGUUAUUCUUUUGUCUUUUUAAUCAUCCUUCCUGCUUUGUGCAAAAUGGAUUUAUUAACUCCUAGGAGCCAGAUAUAGUGCCUUAAAAGGACUAGAUUGCUUUUAUUAUGGACUUGUUUCCAUAAUGUAAUAAAUAUUUAUGAUCAAUGUAAUAUAAUAAAUACAAAUGUAUAUAUUA